UGGUUUACAUAACGAAAUAUUUCAACCUGAUCCGUAUCAGUCACUUCUGUUCUGGCGACGCGCGUCAAGCUAUUUGCACUCGAUCACUUCGCUCGGAGUUACGCGUCUGGUAGAUCAUCAGAGUUGUCUAGACGCAGCAGCAUAAUGGUGACGCUUAAACUCUCAAUCCUAUUCGCACUAACUCUGGCAGUGCUGGCCAGUGCCCGGUAUGAACGCUACGGUUGCCAGGUGAUCGAAGAAGAGUGGUGCACGCUGCAGAAAAUCUACAUCACCUCGCGAACGGAUUUGCGUGGAAUGCGUUUUCCGGAUGAUCAACAUGAGAAAAUUCGCAUCGGACAGUACUACGAUUUCGCCAAUACGGACAGUGUGAUAAGUAUUUUUUCGGCCGGGUUGUUCCGACGCAUGAGCCGAGUUCGGUACCUGAAAAUGAACGGAGUACGAAUGCAAGGUUUGGAUAUGCCGGAUACGGUGCUAGAGUUGGACGUUUCCAACAACUGGAUCACGCGGGUUUUCAUUGAUGCCGACCGAAGUUACAGUUUGCGAAAAUUGAAUAUGAGAAACAAUCUGGUCAAUAGUGUGGCAAGCUUCAAGUAUCUCAACCAGCUGGAAGAACUUGACCUGGGCCACAAUCUGGUUCAUCUGGUAAAUUUUGAACUGUUUUCGUUUAUGCCCUACAUUCGGUUGCUGGACUUUUCCCACAACCGUCUGCUCGAGGUUCGUCCGGGUAGCAUCGAUUUGAUCCUGUACUAUCUGGAACGGUUGGAUCUGGCGGAAAAUCAGCUGAUCGAAAUCGAUCUGAAGCGUUGGUCGUUCCCGUCGCUGCGGAUGUUUAAUCUUACUGGGAAUCCCAUUCGACGGUUGGAUUACUUCGAGGUGCAACGGGCUUUCCCCCGGCUGUGGCGGGUGACCUACUAAAAGUGCUGUGAGAUUAUCGCUGCUGGCAAAUACAAAUAGUGCACUGGAAGAAAAGUUGAAUAAUAAUCAAAUAUAAUGUAAUUGUUUUCUUAGACUGUGA